CUUGUCUAUUCUGCGUUUCUGGUCUCGUUCGUCUUUGUGCCUGCCGCUCGUUGUGUUCGUUCCUGGGGCUGCAGAAGGGAGACCGGAGAGGUGGUUUAAUAUGUCGUCUUGGGUGAAGGUCACUAGAGGUCAGCCACAGAAACCCCUCGCUGGCAAGAAGAAGCCUAGCUGGAUUCCUCGUCUUCUAGACAUUAACCCAUACAAACCCAGCCAGAAGGCCUCCUUCUCAGAGCAGUACAGUAGAGAUUUGGAAGAACAGGAAAGCAUUGAAGAACUUUUUGGGAAGAAACAUAUCUUUACUUCUGGAACAGAGGAAUACUGUGAGAGAUAUCAGUACUCACAAAACAGCAAUCAGUUCAACUCUGAUGAUCGCAGAGAGAAGCUAUAUUUGAAGUUUUAUCAGCAGAUUCAAGAUGAAUACCACAAAGAGAGACCUUCAGACUGUGUGAUUGUUGCUAUCAGCAAGGAUCAGAUGGAGUACGCCACUGCCAUAGGCCAUCGAUUACAGGAUCAUGGCCUUGUGGUGGAGAUGAUAUACUUGACAUCAGAGUCUGGUCUCACACGCGCCCUCCAGGAGGUUAAAAAUGAUGGCUCCCCGUUUUGCAUACUAGUUGAACAGUCAAAUGUAGCUCUGUCCUCUUGCACUGCAAUCAUUCUUCAUGACUCUAUCAAAAUACACCGUAAUAUGCCCAUGGAGGAUGCCCUGGCUCUGGUAGUUAAGGCAUUUGGGAAAAUUUUUGGCGAGCGUGAACAGCAGGAACGUAAUGAGAUUUCACACAAAGCGGCUGAUCUGGCGGAUGACUACCUGGAGAGGGAACUCUAUCAAUCUUACAAUGUCCCUCUGGACAUUAGACACCUUCUCUUCCUCUUAAGCGAAGGCAAAUAUUUAUAUUCUGAAGAGCUGAACUCAAUCAGUGACUACCUGAAGACCAGGAUAACUGAGCUGGAAGGCUUUGAAGAAGCGGAUACCACCGAGAAGUCAAAUGCUUCCUAUGAAAGUCACAGCAGCACUAAGACCCUUCUCCUGGAGAAGCCGCCUCCUCUCCUUCCCACUCCUGCCAGGAACUCCUACAUCCCACAGCCCAAACCCGCUUUGCUGGGUGACAGACCUUCCGGCGGAGGGCUCCUUCCAACGCCAGGCUUUAAGAAGACCGAUCACAAGGAUGAUGGCAUCAGCGGUGUGUAUGAAACAAAUAUAUCAACAGUUGGCACUCCUGAUGCUCUGGCCAAGCCUCCACCGCUCCUCCCUACCCCGGGAAGGACUCCGCUCAUGGCAAUCGGAAAACCACCUCUCUUGCGGGAUAGACCCUCUGCUGGACUCCUUCCUACACCAGGAGAAAUGGAGACUCAUCAGACCAGGCAACAUUUUUCCAGUCUUCAACAGUCCAAUUUUGGAAUCUCUCCUGCAACAGGUAAACCUCCACCUCUUUUAGCGAUGCCUCCUAAGAGACCACCACUCCUUGGGUUUCCACCUCACUCACCUGCAAAACGUCCCUUGCUGGGGGACAAACCUGGUCUCCUCCCAACCCCAUCGAUGUCUGUGAACCCCUCUUCACUGCUCUGGCCGCCCAAGCCCAAACCUUUGCUGAAGUAAGGACAGAAGAUCACCUCCUCCCAGUAUCUGUUGUAUACCCAGUUGUACUUGUAAUUCAGUAUUAGAGCAGUGCAGCAGAAUUUGUGGUAUUUGUAAAGUCCCUACAUUCCUAAAAGCUUCUUUUUUUUUUCUUUUUUUUUUUUAUCACAUUCUGUAUACGGUUCCUUCUUAGCAUGUGAGAGUUUGGGAAGCAGAAAGUCAAUUUCAAGUGCAAUGCAAGCCAUCGAGAGAACUACUAUAUUGUUUGUAUAUUUUAUUUUCCUCAUGAUCUUUUCUCGGGAAAGAAUAAAUUUUUUUUUUUGUUUUA